ACGACGACGAAACCCGGAGUGCAUCAGAAAUAUUACUAUUACUAUAUACACCAGCGCCCCGUCUAAAAUGUCAUUAUUGUAAAUGUGAACGUUGUGCAUGUAUGUACCAAAAUAGUGAAUCAUGGUGGAUAGGCUAGUUAAUAGCGAGGCAAAUGCAAGGCGGAUUGCCAUGGUGGAGAACUGCUUCGGCAGUUCUGGACAGGUAAUCAGGGGUCGUGUGCUGGUCGGUGAAGGAGUUCUAACAAAAAUGUGCCGAAAGAAACCAAAAGCAAGACAGUUUUUUUUGUUUAACGAUAUCUUAGUUUACGGAAACAUAGUCAUCAAUAAAAAGAAAUAUAAUAAACAACAUAUAAUUCCAUUAGAGGAAGUCAAACUUCAAAGUCUGGAUGAUGAUUCUCAAUUCCUUAAUAGUUGGUUAAUAAGGACUGCCUCAAAAUCAUUUGCAGUCUCAGCUGCAACAGCGACUGAGAAACAGGAGUGGAUGGCUCAUAUUAAUAAAUGCAUAGAAGAUCUGUUAAGAAAAAGUGGCAAAAAGGCUGUCGAACAACACGCAGCAGUUUGGGUACCCGAUAAUGAAGCAACAGUGUGCAUGCAUUGCAAAAAGACUCAAUUCACAAUGAUUGUUCGCAGGCAUCAUUGUCGUAAAUGUGGAGCAGUAGUUUGCGGUCCAUGUUCAGCUAAAAAUUCUUGUUACCCUGGACAAAGUAGUAAACCUUUGAGAGUUUGUAUGCAGUGUUACGACUCACUGUCAAAGCAAAGCAACAACCUGAUUUCAUUUAUAGAUGGAAAAGAUCAACAAAAAAGCGGUUCAGCUGAAUCUUCAGGAGAAGACGAUACCGAUGAUGAAGAUGAUGGCAGAAAUCCUCAAACUGAACAUGAAAAUCCCAAAUUUUAUGGUGACGGUGACAAAAAUGAAGAUACUUCACAACAGUGAUAAAAGAUUUUAACUAAAAAAAAGAAAGGCGUAUAUAUUUUUAUGAGAAUUUGUUAUAAAUAUAAUUAUUAAGCACAAAAUAUUGUUAUAGUGAUAUGUGAAACACUACAUAUAUAUAUAAAAUCACUAACUAAUAUAAGUAUAGACAUA